GGGGUCACCAGGCAUCAGGUCAUUUGGCUUGACAGCGGGCACCGCGUCAUCUGGCAAGGCAGUGGGCUCCGAGUCAACAGGCACGACAGUGGGCACCGGGUCAUCAGGUACCGGAUUGUCUGGCUCGACAGCGGGCAUCGGUCACCAGGUAUGACAGCGGGCACUGGGUCACCAGGCAUCAGGUCAUUUGGCUUGCCAGCGGGCACCGCGUCCAUCUGGCAAGGCAGUGGGCAACCGGGUCACCAUGGCAUUGGAUCGUCUGGCUCGACAGCGGGCAUCGGGUCACCAGGCAUCAGGUCAUUUGGCUCGCCAGCGGGCACCGCGUCAUCUGGCAAGGCAGUGGGGCACGAGUCAUCACCAGUUACGACAGCGGGCUCCGAGUCAAUUGGCACGACAGCAGGCACCGGAUCAGGUAACCGGAUCAUCUGGAUCAACAGCGGGCAUCGAGUCAACUGG